AUGAAAACCAAUGCGUCGUUGAGGUCUGACAGAAUUGAACCAUACCGCCAAAACUCCGCCGCACACAGGAGAGGUUUUCCUAAUGUUGGAGUCCAGUUCACGAGCAAGGAUUAUGUGAGAUCUCGGAAUGAAUUUAGCAAGCUUGGUUGGUUUCAAGAUCAUGUUAGAGGAUGUAAGCAUGAAGAGCUUACAGCUUACGGUCAACCUAAGAGUAGGAAACCUAGGAGUAGGAAACCUUGGACUGAGAAGCCUAGGAGUAGGAAGCCUAGGAGUAGGAAACCUAGGAGUAGGAAACCUAGAAGUAGGAAGCCUAGGAGUAGGAAGUCUAGGAGUUGGAAACCUAGGAGUAGGAAACCUAGGAGUAGGAAACCUAUGAGUAGGAAACCUAAGAGUAGGAAACCUAGAAGUAAGAAACCUAGGAGUAAGAAGUCUAGGAGUUGGAAACCUAGGAAAAGAAAACCUAUGAGUAGGAAACCUAGGAGUAGGAAACCUAGGAGUAGGAAACCUAGAAGUAGGAAACCUAGAAGUAGGAAACCUAGGAGCAGGAAACCUAGGAGUAGGAAACCUAGGAGUAGGAAACCUAAGAGUAGACAGUCUAGGAGUAGGAAACCUAGAAGUAAGAAGCCUAGGAGUAGGAAACCUAAGAGUAGAAAGUCUAGGUGUAGCAAAACUUGGGAGAAAAUUUAA